AUUAUCUGCAACGCCCGCGUCGUCGGCUACCACACCUUGGUCAAGGUGACAUGCGACGCGGAAACGUGCUGCAUUACAUCGAUAGAGCCGCAAGGCAAGAAGCUUGUUGUCUCUUCGAUGUGGUUGCGCCGAAACGCCUUUCGAAAUCUCGCUUCGGUUGUACGCCUUGGUCGGGCCAGCAAUAAGGUCGCCGUUAUCGACGCUGGAGGUAGCUUAGUGCUCCCUGGACUGGUCCAGGCGCACAUGCAUCUCAGUCACACCUAUUUGGACAGCGGCCAGGUGAAAAGCCCUGACGGCACCGAACUUUUCUCGAAUGCGACAUUGGCAUUCGUCGGUACUCUCGGCGACACGAGGUCCUUCCGCGACGUGGACACUCUCAAGAACGUUCCAUACAGGCUCUCGAAGGUGGAUGCCUCUCUUGCGAGAAUCAAGGCGCUGGUGGAGAGGGGCCGACUCAUCAUUGAAACGGCCCUAUCUCGUGGCGUCACUAGCAUGCGAACCCAGGUAGAAGUUGACACUAACGUCGGCCACCUGCCGUUUCAUGCUGGGUGUGUACUUCAGAGAGAAUUCGAGGACCGCUGCGAUAUUCGCAUUUCUCUCUUUGCUACACAAGCUAUAUACUGCCAGCCAAACCGAUCUUUCGACCAAUGGCAUACGGACCGCAUGAAAUGGCUGCUCCAACGCGCAGCAGGAAAAGAGGGCGUCAGAGCCGUUGGCUCUGCCCCUUUCAUGGAAGAUAAUAUGGGCACCGCACUCCUUAAUAUUCAAUAUAUAUUGGACUUGGCAGAAACACAUGGCGUGGACGCUGAGUUCCACCUUGAUGUCGACAUUUCGCAAGACAUGCGAACCCUUUUUGAAGUCAUCCAACAAAUACAACAACGCCCUGUGUUUAAUUCUGACUUCUACUCUCCUGAACCAUCGCAUGUCAGGUUCCCCCUACGCGUUACGCUCGGGCAUCGUGGACGGCUGUCUAGUAUGUCCAGCCUGGACAAGAGCAAUUUGGCGGAGCUCGUGGCGGGCUGGGAGAUCUACUUCGUAGGUGUGUCUUACGAGGCAGAGGGACUCUUCCGCAGGUCCAGCACCUCGGCGCAUGCUGGGUUCAAGCGCGAAGAUGGUUGGUUCAAUUCAGUUAGCCUCAGCAGGAGCCAGAGUGGAUCUCUGGUAAAAGAUCUCGACGCCCAUACUUCAUUGGCCAUUGAAAACACUGGUACUUUCACUUCGCCGUGGGAUGCUGAUCCUCUUACCCUCCUCGCUAUGGACGGUGCAAAUCCAGGCGACGUUUCUGAGACGCAGGCGCAAAGCCUGCUUCGCAUGGUCACCCUCAACGCCGCGGCAGCGGCAGGCAUGGGAAGGCGUGCUCAUCCACAAUCUUUGCACAUUCGAACCGGCGACGUUGCGAACCUAGUCAUUCUUGACGGUUGUUAUGACUGCAGAACCGCAGUGUUUAACCCACCACUCAACAGGAUUACAAUCAAGAGGGGACAGAUGGUGUCGGGUGCGCAGGUCAAAGGCUGGAAGCUCAACUAAAACGGGUACUCCCAACCUCUUGUGCAGUUUCGGUCUUACUUCGUGUGUAGCUUUCCC